CCGGAGGAAAUUUGAAAUCGCCGCCGUUGGGGGAGAUUGAAUUUGAGGCGACACAACUUGGGGGGGGCGAGCCGACGUAAAUGCAGAAGAGCACGGCGGAGAGGGCGGCGCCAGUGCCGAGAGUUGCAGUGGUGGUUUACAUUUUGAAAGGGAAGUCAGUGUUAAUGGGUCGAAGGCUUUCCUCCGCCGGUGACUCCAGCCACUUCACCUUCGCACUCCCCGGCGGACACCUGGAGUUCGGCGAGGAGUUUGAAGAAUGUGCUGUGAGAGAAGUUAAGGAAGAAACAGGAUUGGACAUUGAGAAAACAGAGUUUUUGACUGUUACAAACGUUCCUUUUCUCAAUGAUCCAAAGCCUUCUCAUUAUGUCACCAUUUCUAUGCGAGCUGUUUUGUCCGAUCCCUCGCAAGUUCCGGAAAAUCUUGAGCCAAACAAGUGCAGUGGCUGGGACUGGUAUGACUGGGAUCAUCUUCCAAAUCCUCUAUUUUGGCCUAUGAAGAAGAUGAUAAGAAGUGGGUUUAAUCCAUUUCCUGUUUGAUUGGUGUUCUUAUCAGUGUACUCAUGUAAUUGAUGAAUCUGAUAUGUUAAUCUCUCUGAUGCUUUAGCUUUUUGUUUUGUGUCUUAAUGCAUAUUAGUUUGGUUGAUGAAGAUGAAUGUUAUGGGGGCUUAUUGAGUGGAUUGUGUAACCUUUAUUUGAAUGUUUCAAGGUAUGGCUACUGGGUACCAAAGGUCAUGUACCUUUUAAAUUGCUCCUUUAGUUAUUUCAAAUUUGUGUUUGAGAAAA